UACGGUUUUUUGUGUGUUUGCUAUUUUACUACAUUUUAUAUUUAACCCUUUCGACCCCAAUGUUGCCUGAGGGCAAUUUCGCUAGUUCAUAGGCCUACCACCAGCGUUAUUUUUGUUUUUGUUUAUUGAACCGAUAUGAUAACGGUAGUCUUAUGAGUCAGCACGUGGUGUGAUCAAAAAAAAAAUCACUAGUAAAUCAUUUAGCAAAGCAAUUUGAUAAAGACUGCAGCAGUGUCGGCGAAAAUUUAUUUCUGCAUGAAGGAGAACAUUUUUAAAAGAGAGAAUUUUUUAAAUAAUUGUAACAAAAAUUAUCAAUCUGUAAAUGAACUACUUUUCAGCGAUUGUUAAGUGAAAUAUUUUUGCAAGAAAAUUUCUUUAGUUUUAAACCAACAUCAGGUGAGUAAUUUUUACAUAUGCGAAGUUGCUUGUGAGCAACUUUGGGCAAUUGUGGUAUAAAAUUUCCAUGACUUUAGUUAUGAGGCCUCAAGAUAAAGGUUUGUCAAAUGAGGACGUACAACGAAUUUUAAACUUCGAUUGGGAUGUUUCAACUGAUGAAGAAAGUGGUGAUGAGAUAGAGGAUGUGUCUGCAGUGCUGGAGCAGAAUUUGCAAGGGAUUAUGGAAAGAGGGGAAAGCAUAGAAAUCGGACUUCUUGACAAUAUAAUUACGGAAGACAACGAGCAUGAAUCUUGUUCUAGUGAAGGGUUUUGCAUUGAAAAAAUUGAUUCGAAGGCAUUAAAAUGGAGAUCAAAGCCAUUUGAAGCUCCUGAAAGUGUAUGGAAGGCAGAUGUCGACUUGGAAAUUCACGACGUCAUGAUGCCCGUAGAAUAUUUUUCACAAUUUUUUGACUGUCGUGCUAUUGAUUUGAUCACGCAGCAAACUGAUUUGUAUGGACUUCAAGAACUGGGCCUUGAACUUAAAUGUACCAGUGUAGAAAUAAGACGAUAUAUUGGUACUCUACUGUACUUAGGUGUUUUAAAACUACCCCAAUUUAAAAUGGCAUGGUCUCAAAAUAUUAAGCUUACCGCUAUAACAGAUUCAAUACCUCGUAAUAGAUUUGACAAAAUUAAACAGUGUUUACAUUUUAAUGAUAACAGCAAGCAGCCUAAAAAAGAAGAUUUAAAUUAUGACAAGCUAUACAAGAUACGUCCACUGCUCGAUAUCAUCAGAGAAAACUUCAAUAAACUUCCUCAAGAAGAACAUCAAAGCGUUGAUGAGCAAAUAAUUGCGUUCAAAGGACGAUCAACGUACAAACAAUACAAUCCAGCUAAGCCUCACAAAUGGGGGUUGAAAAUGUUUACGCGUGCUGGAACGUCUGGACUUGUAUAUGAUUUCACGCUGUAUGUUGGUGAAGGCACCUGUCAAUCAUAUGGAUUGGGACUUUCCUCGGAUAUAGUUCUCUAUUUAGCGAAAACUAUUCCCAAACACAAGAACUUCAAACUUUAUUUUGAUAACUGGUUUACAUCAGUAAGCCUUCUGAUUGCAUUGAAGGAAAUAAAAUUUCAACUGGAAAUUGCUGAUGCCCUUCUGCAAUCUACGUCUUCUGCAGUUUCUAUGCAAAGAAAGCGAGGCAGACCGUCCAACGCAGAGAGGAAUGAUAGCGAUACAAACUCUCCAUCGAGCAGUGUGUCGUCGCAUAACACGAAAAAGUACAGAUUCCAGCCGAACCCUCCAGAAACGAAACGAUAUGAUAAGACGGAACAUUGGGUAGUAUUCGGUGAAAAAGGGCGCUGCAGGUUGUGCAAGACAGGAACUCCAAUGUCCAAAUGUCUUAAAUGUAAGGUCCAUCUUUGCUGCAAUAACAAUAAAAACUGUUUUUUGUCUUUUCAUACCUAAUUUUUCCCCAAUAAAUAAAAUAAAAUGCGAUUAGAAAAAAAAAAUAUUAAUAAAUUCUAUACCACCAUUGCCCAACGUUGCUCACAGGCAACAUUCUGUAGCGCUCAAACGGGUGGGAGUGGCGAGUUGAAAAUUUUACUAUACCUUUCUAGAAUAAAUAUAAUGAGAUUAAAACUAAAAAA